AUUUUCUUACAUAAUAUAUAUUAUAUAUUGUUUUAAAUAUUUUCCAUACAGCUCUUACUUCUACUGCCCUGUAUUUUCGGUUGACGCUCGAAUUCAUUCCCAGAAAUUUCUCUAUUGAUCCAGGAAAACUUUUUUUUUUCUUUCUCAUCAUAUUGACUUCCUUAAAACCUGUAUUGUAACUCAAAUUCUUGCACAUAUAUAUAUAUAUAUCACUAGAUCGGAAUAUGUAAUAACACAAUUCUUAUCAGGAGUUUCGUACCAGUUGUGUUUGUUUUUGGGCAACAAUUUGGAGUCUAUUUGAUUCGAUGAAGUGAUUUUGAGUGUUUGUGUAUGAAGUAGCUCUUCUGAAAGGAAAUUUUUUUUAAUUUUUUUAUUUUAACGCACGUUGUUGGCCAUGGACAGUCGCAUCAAUACAGAUAUAAGUCCAUAUUUGAGUUUAUUUGCUGCCAUCUCAUAUGGAAUCACUUCAAUGGCCAUGGUCUUUAUAAAUAAGGCAGUUCUCAUGCAGUACGUGCAUUCAAUGACACUUCUCACACUCCAGCAAUUGGCAACAACUUUGCUUAUUUACUUUGGUCGAGUGAUGGGUUACACAAAAGCCAAAGGACUAAAUAUGGCAACCGCUAAAAAACUUAUUCUAGUUUCAAUAUUCUACAAUGCAAAUGUGGCGUUUGCUUUAGCAAGCUUGAAAGGAGUAAAUAUUCCUAUGUACAUUGCCUUAAAGAGACUUACACCACUUGCUGUAUUGAUAGCUGGAUUUUGUACUGGAAAGGAGAGACCUUCAACACAGGUAACUCUUUCUGUAUUAUUAACCGCUACUGGAGUUAUCAUAGCAGCGCUGGGAGAUUUUUCCUUUGACCUUUUUGGAUAUAGCAUGGCCCUUAUUUCUGUUUUCUUCCAGACCAUGUACCUUGUGUUGGUGGAGAAGUCUGGUGCAGAGGAUGGGCUUUCAUCAGUUGAAAUCAUGUUCUAUAACAGCUUUUUGUCUUUACCUUUUCUGCUUUUUCUCAUCAUAGCUACAGGAGAGUUUCCAAAUUCUUUGUCAUUAUUAUUUGCAAAGAGUGCGUCACUGUCAUUUUUGGUUAUUCUUCUUCUCUCAUUGGUGAUGGGCAUAGUUCUCAAUUAUACCAUGUUCCUAUGUACCAUAGUUAACUCUGCUUUAACUACAACAAUCGUUGGUGUCCUCAAAGGGGUUGGCUCCACGACCCUCGGUUUUGUAAUACUGGGAGGAGUGCAAGUACAUGCCCUGAAUGUGACUGGACUAGUUAUUAACACAGCCGGUGGUAUAUGGUAUUCAUAUGCCAAAUAUCAGCUAAAGAAAAGCAAGCAGCCUAAGCUAAUGUCAGACGUGGAGGCCCAUCGUAAAUAAAAUCAACAAAAGGAGUGUUGCAGGCAGUUUUUAAGCUACUGGUUUCUAUUUUAGCUUUUGAUCAAUUUCCUUGACUUGUAUCAUUCAUAAAUGAAUUGAUAAACAUACAUUAUUUUUUUAUUUUAUAAUUUGACUAAUCAGUUUGUAGUUCCUUAAACAUCAUUUGAUGCAACAGUGUAGUAGUGAUAUGUAUAAGAAAUUUCUAGAUUUAGAAUUUAAAAAAUGUUUGUUGAAAUAGAUAACGCAAUAUGCAGUGCUAA